GGCCGAGAAUGGCUGGCUGCUGCCGGCGGCGAGGGCCCGGGGAGUGAGGUCGUCCCUGGCAACCGGGAGAGCCGAGCCGAGGCGCGGAAGCUGGAGCAGAGCGGCCGAGCCGGGGCAGAGCGCCGGGCGCGCCAGCCAUGGGGAAAUGCAGCGGGCGCUGCACGCUGGUCGCCUUCUGCUGCCUGCAACUGAUAGCGGCCCUGGAGAGGCAGAUAUUUGACUUUCUGGGUUAUCAGUGGGUGCCCAUCCUGGCUAAUUUUUUACACAUAAUGGCGGUCAUCUUAGGAAUCUUUGGCACUGUCCAGUACCGAUCCAAAUACCUCAUACUGUAUGCAGUAUGGCUCGUGCUGUGGGUUGGAUGGAAUGCAUUCAUCAUCUGUUUUUACCUGGAAGUAGGACACCUUUCACAGGACCGAGACUUCAUUAUGACCUUUAAUACAUCACUGCAUCGUUCAUGGUGGAUGGAGAAUGGGCCGGGUUGCCUGGUUACGCCCAUCAUGAAUUCUGAUCUGGUCAUCGAGGACCACCACGUCAUCACAGUCACUGGGUGCUUUCUGGAUUACCAGUAUAUCGAGGUGGUGAGCAGUGCGAUGCAGAUAUUUCUUGCGCUCUUUGGAUUUGUCUACGCCUGCUAUGUCAGCAAAGUAUUUAUGGAAGAGGAAGACAGUUUUGAUUUCAUCGGAGGAUUUGACUCGUACGGCUAUCAGGCUCCACAGAAGAUGUCACACUUACAGCUACAGCCUUUGUAUACCUCUGGAUAACAUUCAACAUCACCUGCCAUGAACCGGCAUUUGGGAUCUGUGAAGCAGCAAAAGGCAAGCAGGAUGCAGAAUCUGACGUAUUCAUCUGAAGGCAAAUGGUGGAUAUUCCUGCCAGAGACUUUGUGCGACCAGAAGACUGCUGGGAGACAGAAUGUGGACUCCAUCUUGCUUUCUUGGCUGCUUGUGUUUUGAACUCUACCGCAGAGUCAGAAGAGCAUCCAUGCAUUACGCUAAGUCUGAGGCAAGAGGAGUUUCUCAUUCGCACGCUCGCAGAUCAAGCUGUUCCACUCAGGAACCCAAAAGCAGCACAACUCUCUACCUGCUGGCCAGUGUUUGUGUGCUCCUGAUAACUCCGUCUAGCAAAGAAUCUCAAGCUUAGGGCAAUAUUAUUUUUCAGGGAAGGGCAAGGAAAAAUACCGUUUCUAUGGAGGAUCUUUUUCAGUGAAAAAAAAAAGUACAGAAGAACCACGCCUUGUCCUGGAUCCGUUACUAAUGUCUUUGUUUGCCAUUGAGCAAACGGCUUUGCAAUGUGGUUAUAACUGCAAGGGACAUUACAAUAGAGAGUGGACUUUGGGAAAUCUGGAAAAAGAAGAUUUGAAUAGGGCCAGGAAUCGGUUUAUUGCUUUCCUCUUUGCCCUAAGGGUUUUCUAUCUGUUUGACUAUUUAACUAAACAUCUUUUUUGUUUGUUUGUUUUUUGAAAUUUAGUAUCACAAGAAGGCCAAGUUUUCUCUGUGACCGUCAAGACAAAUCUAAAUACUGGCAUAUUUGGACAAGC